AAAGGAGCUAGUUCUCUCUCUCUCUCUCUCAUUUUUUAAUUCUUCGAUUCUCUUUCUAUCUCACUUUACCCUGGCUUCUUCUUCUUCUUCUUCUAAACCCUUACGUUAACCCUAGCUUCUCGUCCGCUCUCGCUUCCCCUCCCCACCUCUCCAAUGGCUUCUACAGCUGCCGGCACUUCGGAGCACGUCGAGAAUGGCUCGGCUAGCGCUUCCCAAGCCGAGGCAGCGCCCCCCGAAACCAGCCCUACCGACGCAGCCAAGACCGAGGUGGCUACGGACCGCCCCUCGUCCCCUCCCGCAUCCGAUUUAGCUGCUCCAGGGACAGCUGCUCCAGCGGCCGCUGCAGACAAGAAGUGGCCGGGAUGGCCCGGCGACUGCGUGUUUCGGCUGGUCGUCCCCGUCCUCAAAGUGGGCAGCAUCAUCGGCCGCAAGGGCGAACUCAUCAAGAAAAUGUGCGAGGAGACUAAAGCCCGCAUUCGCGUCCUCGAUGGCCCUAUCGGCUCUCCUGAUCGCAUUGUACUGAUUUCUGGAAAAGAGGAACUGGAUGCACUGCUAUCCCCGGCUAUGGAUGCUGUAAUAAGAGUAUUCAAGCGUGUCAGUGGACUUCCUGAGAGUGAGGGUGAUGCUAAAGCAACAGGGGUGGCAUUUUGUUCAAUUCGAUUGUUGGUGGCAUCCACACAGGCCAUUAGCUUAAUUGGAAAGCAAGGCUCCUUGAUCAAGUCAAUUCAAGAAAGCACUGGUGCUUCCGUUCGGGUUCUGUCAAGUGAUGAACUGCCAUAUUAUGCGAACUCAGAUGAGAGGAUUGUAGAGUUGCAGGGUGAAGCACUUAAGGUUCUUAAAGCUCUAGAAGCUGUGGUGGGGCACCUAAGGAAGUUCUUGGUUGACCAUAGUAUUCUUCCCCUAUUUGAAAAGAGUCAUACAACAGUUUCACAAGAACACCAGGUAGAGACCUGGGCUGACAAGUCAUCGCUGCAUGGUGCUUCUCAAACUGGAAUUGCCGCCGAUUAUCCUCUUCCAGGCAAGAGGGAUUCUUUGUAUCUCGACCGUGAAAGCCAGCUGGAAUCACACAUCCCUGCCUCUGGAUUGUCUCUGUACAGUCAAGAUCCUGGACUGUCAGGAAUGCGUUCUUCCGGAUUAGGUCGCGCUGCUGGUCCUAUUGUUACCCAGAUUGCUCAAACAAUGCAAAUACCACUAUCUUAUGCUGAGGACAUAAUUGGGAUUGGAGGGGCAAAUAUUGCAUAUAUUCGGCGUACUAGUGGUGCCAUCCUCACUGUGCAAGAGAGUAGAGGCCUUCCAGAUGAGAUCACAGUGGAAAUCAAAGCCUCAUCUCAGGUUCAGACAGCACAGCAGCUUAUUCAGGAAUUCAUUAGCAGCCACAAAGAACCAGUUAGCAGCAGCUAUGGCAAGAUGGACGGUGGUCUGAGGUCCUCGUAUUCUCAGAUUGGGAAUAGCACCUAUUCAUCAUCUUCAUUAUCGUCACAGCCCUAUGGUGGGUAUGGAUCAUCUGGGUUAGGAGGAUACGGUAGUUCUUACAGGCUCUGAAUUGAAUGAUUAUUAGGUCCUGCUGGCUGUUGGUGGUUCUGUUUUGGAGUUUCCUUAUGCCAUUCAAUCCAGAAUCUAGUGCUGUAAAAAGUUUCUACAGUUGAUGCUGCUUAAUCCUUCGUUUUUCUGAUAUCAGUUACUAUGUACUAUCUAGUAGGUGGGUGGGCUAAGGCUAAACAUUAAAGGGUGGGGUGAUCAUAAGGGGAAAAAGUUGAAGAAAAAAAAAGAGAAAUAUUUGAGAAACUCUUAACCAGAUGUAGUGAGUUAAAUGUACUUUUCAAAUAUGGAUGGUUUUUAUGGCUUUUCAGUUUAUAAAAGUCCUUUUGAUUUGCUUGCAGUAA